UCGUUGCAACCUUUAUUCCUAUUAAAAGAACUUCCAUUUUUGCAACAGAAAAACAACACACCCACACACCAACGUUUGAUUGAUUAAAACGUCGCCACCUCAUUCCUGCAAUGUCAUUCCAACACUCAAGGCCUCACCCAUUGAGCUGUUAAGCUUCUCCUCGCAACAGAUUAGUCUCUCGCUCGCUCGCUCGCUCGCUCGUCCCUCCCCUUCCUCUUCCUUGUGCCCCCGAAGUCCAAACGGUCCCCAAUGAUUUCCCGAGCUUGAGAUUUCUGAUGGGGCUUUCGUUCUGAACAAGAUUCUGGGCUCCAAGUUUGAAUCUUUCUGGAAUUGGAUUGGAUACUUUUUGAGCUUCAAGUUUGGGGCUCUGUCUCACUGAAGGAGGAUUGGUAACAUACGUUUCGUGAAUAUUGUAUUGUGGGAUCCAGAUGGCUUCGGGGACGUCAUCUUCUUAUUGGUGCUACAGAUGCAGUCGGUUUGUGAGGGUGCGGAGGCAGGACGCGGUGGUGUGUCCCGACUGCGACAGUGGAUUCGUGGAGGAGAUUGAGCAAAUGCCUCGGCCUGCCUCCAUCGUUGAUUCGCGGCGGCGGAGGUUCCCGGCGGCUUCCAUGUACAUGAUCGGCAACCGCCACCACCCCAAUUCUGGACAGACUCUGCGUCCUGCGUUGAGGAGGGCUCGUCGGAGCGGUGGCGAUCUUGCUAUGGUUAAUCCGGUUGUCGUGCUCCGCGGAUCUCCUCAACGGGCGAGUCAUGAUUCCGGUGGAGGACACGGGCGUGGGUUCGAGCUUUACUACGAAGACGGCUCUGGUUCCGGUCUCCGGCCUUUGCCUUCGAAUAUGUCAGAGAUGCUUCUGGGAUCUGGAAUCGACAGGCUUCUGGAACAGCUUUCUCAGAUUGAAAUGAACGGGAUUUCUCGAUACGAACCACCUCCGGUUUCCAAAGCCGCUAUCGAUUCAUUGCCGACGAUAGAGAUUCAUGAGGAUCAUCUGGCGACGGAAUCACACUGUGCCGUCUGUAUGGAGCCUUUUGAAUCGGGCACAACUGCUCGCGAAUUGCCUUGCAGGCACAUUUAUCAUUCGGAAUGCAUCUUGCCGUGGCUUGCGCUCCGGAAUACUUGCCCUGUUUGCCGGCAGGAGCUCCCGGCAGAUACGCAGAACGUUAACGCUUCUGGGCAUUCCCUCACUUGGAACGACGAUGACAACGUGGGAUUAACCAUUUGGAGGCUUCCCGGCGGUGGCUUCGCUGUGGGCAGGUUCGCUGGUGGGAGAAGAAGUUCUUCUGAUCGUGAGCUUCCUGCUGUGUAUACAGAAAUGGACGGUGGUAUUGGAAACGGCGGCGAACCGAGGAGGGUGACUUGGUCGACGACGGAGGAGGAUCGAGGAGGGGACAGAAGAGGUGGAGGAUUUCGGAAAAUGUUUCGCAAUCUUUUUGGUUGCUUCACUCCUGGAGCUCGAGCUCACCCCUCUGCUUCUUCAUCAUCAUCAUCUUCUUCUUCUUCUCCAGAACCUCGAACCUUCAGGAGUAGUACUUCUCGUUAUCGUCCCGUCGUGAAUACCACAACACGUUCCCGAAGGACCUGGUCUCUGGACGGCAAUGGCGGAACCAGACCUUGGUGACAUAACAGAGGGAAAACAAAAAUGAAGAUGAAGAAGAAAAAUCAGAACUUUGUUUCUGGGUUCCUCAACUGGUUCAAUAGAUUGUUUUGUUAUUUAUACAUUGAACACUGAAUCCCCAUUUUUAUCUUCUAGAUAAGGUCCAAGUAUCAAGUGGGCUCUGGUCUUGAGAAGGUAAAUAUAGGGAAUUAGUCUAGAUUCAAAGCAUGGUGGUGAAAGUGCACAAGGGAACUGGGUGGGACGAAGCACGCUGUAAUGUAAAGGGCUUGAUUUGUAUGUGUCGGCGAGCAAGAAAUGAAGCUGCAGUGAGAGAGAUCAGAGAGUCGUGUGCUGUAUAUGGCUUUUGUGGUGACAGGGAAGGGAAAGUCAUCACAUUUGUAUUUCUUUAGCUAUAGCUUCAUCAGGUCAUGUUUCAAAGUUGAUGGUUAAGAUUGUUGUUGAUACUAUAUAAAUGUCUAGUACCCGACCCAUGAGUCUGUCACUCUCCUGCCAAAUCACAGCAAUCCAUUGUUGAUUAUUUUUUCUCUCUGA